GAGAGCAAUUGGAGGGGUGGGAGGGGGGGCCAGAUUCCACUUCCCCGCUGUGCGUCCCCCUCUCCCGCUCGCGCUGGCCCCCAGACCCCCUGAUCUCUCCACGUGCACCUGGCUCUGUCCCAUUCUCCUAGGCCAAUGGGGGAGUCCACUGGGGAAGCAGGGGGUCAGAGGCAUGUGACCCGUGCACUCAACAGCGCCCCAGGCUCAUAACCACCCCCGGCUCACUUUGUUGAAUGCUCUCUCACUGCCUGAAAUUCUGAAUAAUUACUGACAGACAGCCUCACCGUUUAGUUUUGCUGUGAGUCAUUCACUUUAUACAGUGGGUCCCGAUUGUGGGGCCAGAUUUCCGGUCUGGGGGCAAACUACGGGGAGAGGGUCUGCGUGUGUGUCUGCUAAGGAUACUGAGGAACGCUGUGUAUGAGGGUCUAUAGGGCCAGAGGCGCCGAUCCCGGGUAGACCCGGUCCCGAUACCCUGGAAACCUGGGGGUGGGGAGGUCGUGCUUUCCUGCCAAGUUUAAAAAUUCCUCCCUGCCUGGGCCUGCAGCCCAGGACCUUGGUGUCUGUUCCUCCCUUUUGGGGUGUCCGGUCACCUCCCCCACCCCCGUUGUGAGGUUGGCCACAGGCUCCAGGGCCCUGCGGGGGUUGUCACAGUGGACUCUGGAAUGACCCCAGGCUCGGUGGCCACGCCCAGUUUGGGAGCCCGAGUUGGAGAGCAAAUCGUUCCCUGCGGCCAGCGCCCCCGAUUGGGGUGACAGGCUGGUGCCAUCAGGGACUCAAGAAGCGUGGAGAUGGGUGCCUCACAACAGAUAUUUGCCCAGAGCCGUGGACGUUCCGCGUGUGGCAGGGACUGCCCAGUGACCAGGGAGCCGGCACCAGGUGGGCAGAAAUCCUAUUGAGUUUAUGAGGCACCAAAUGCACCAGCUGGUGGACAUCUUCUGUGACAGGACCCAACACCAAUCCCGAGGAGCACCGCAACAGAGUCUCAGGCUGGGAGAGGUGGAGGAUGGCUUCAACGAGAUCAUGCUGGAAGCCUUGGACCUUCACCAUCAUCAGAACAACGACGAGGAAUCCAGUCCGUUACUUCCCGAAGUGCGGCAGGAGCUACGUUCCAGAGUCUUGAGGUCCUCCGUCCUCGACCUGGAAGAGAAGGAGCACCCCGUGGUCCAGAAGACGGAGGAGAGCUUUUGUGACAGAGCCCUGAGGUUGUUCCGAAGGCUGCUUUACCAACUGCAGCUCAAGUGGCAGGCCGCACUGGCGUGGCUGAGGGAGAAGGUGGCCGCCGGCUUUCAGGCCUUCUGCAACGCGGUGGAGGCCAUCUGCAGCGCCUUUAACAGUUUCUGCACCUCAGUGGCUCAGGUGUUCAGGAGCGCCGUCCAGGCCUAGCCCAGCCCUCCCUGGCCGCUUUCCUUGUCCGGCUCCAGCCCGUCGCGCUGGCUGUGGCGUCCUAAUAAGAGUUGGCUGCGGGCGCCCGGGGGGCUCAGUCGGUUGAGCGUCCGCCUUCCGCUCAGGUCAGGAUCUCACGGUUCAUGGGCAUGAGCCCCGAGCCCCGCGUCGGGCUCUGUGCUGACACCUCGGAGCCUGGAGCCUGCU